GUGAUGGGAGAUUGGGGCCUGCUUGGGAAGCUUCUGGAAAGUGCACAAGAGCACUCCACUGUGGUGGGAAAAGUCUGGCUGACAGUACUCUUCAUCUUUCGUAUACUAGUCUUGGGCACCGCUGCGGAAAAGGUGUGGGGUGAUGAACAGUCGGGCUUUUCAUGUGACACAAAGCAACCUGGUUGUCAGACUGUAUGUUAUGACAAUACAUUUCCCAUUUCGCACAUUCGCUUCUGGGUAAUGCAGAUCAUUUUUGUGUCCACACCCACACUCAUCUAUAUAGGGCACAUCCUGCAUUUGGUCCGCAUGGAGGAGAAAGAGAAGCAAAAGGAAAAAGAGCAGUCUGGCAAAAACGGGGCAAAAGGAGACAAACAACCACUUUUACAAACAGCCAAGGCUGCCAAACCCUCCAUAAGGGAUGGUGCAGGUCGAAUUCGAAUACAGGGAGCACUGCUACGGACUUACGUCUUCAACAUCAUCUUCAAGACAUUGUUUGAGGUAGGCUUUAUUGUGGCUCAGUAUUUCCUGUACGGGUUUGAGUUGAAACCUUUAUAUACAUGCAGCCGGUGGCCUUGCCCUAACACAGUAAACUGCUACAUCUCACGCCCUACUGAGAAGACAAUUUUCAUCAUUUUUAUGCUAGGGGUUGCAUGCCUAUCUUUGCUUCUCAAUCUUGUGGAGAUUUUCCAUCUUAUUGUCACAAAAUGCCUCCAUAAAAAUUCAAGGAGCAAUGACCCUGAAAACAGUUUAAAGCCUAGCCUGGAGCCCCCUUCUGAAGCCAUUAUUCAUUGUGUUCCAGACUAUCAGUACUUCCCUACUCACACUGAAGUCCAGCCAUAUGUCUCAGAUAUGGGGUACAAUCCAUCACCACUGGUUGCACACAAACAGAACAGGGACAACCUGAAAGCAGAGCGCACUGGAAAGAAAAACCACAACAGCCGCCAAGGGACACCAAGUUUGCCUCCAUUAGAUAUUAACCAUGGAUCUAGCAGAUCUAGCAGACACAGUCCAAGGAACAGACCAAAUGACCUUGCAAUCUGAUCAUGGGGAGACAAGUGGUGUAAGAUGCUUAGUGUUUACAGGGCCUGUACUGGGCCAAGAAAUGAGUUCAAGCAGUGUUAUGCUACACAGCUACUGGUCCACUUAGGUGGACCUGUGUACAAUAAGGAUAUGGAUGCAGUUUAAACAGCAGUGCCCACAUGCUGUCAUCGAUCCAGAACCUCAUUUUUACAGUUAAAAGACAUGAAUUGCAUGCCAGUAUCAUCUGACUAUGUUUACAUAUACAGAUCAGACAUGAGAUAUUUUAUUUGCUAACAAUUAAAACAGUUAAAACAUACAUCCCAUGUUGCAGAAUAAGCUGUUUCAGGAUAUGACUUAAUCCACUGCUUGUGACUUGAGAUAUCAGACAAGUGCAAGUCUAC